AUGGAAGUCAUUGAUGUAGCGAUGAACACUCUGAGAGAACAAUCCAAGCCCCUCAAAGUUCGUUUUUCCGCUUUUCGCAGCGAAUUAUCAUAAUUCCCCUCCAGAAGUCCCUCAACUCGACGCUCUUCUCUACAGACACACAGCUCCUUGAACUGGUCGCCGUCUCUACUCGCGAUGCUUUGAUGGAAAUCGGCGGAAGUGCGGUGAUUGAUCCGUUGGAAGCAGGACAGAAGGUCGGAGCGGCUCUACAGAGAGCGAGCCAGGCAAUGAAGCACUAUCAGUCGGACAAGCAUACCGAGAAAGACUUUUUCGGCCCAGUGGAACGCGAGAAGUGUGACGGAAUGUACAAUGAUAUUUAUUUCGAUUCGGAGAUGUGUUAGUGAUUUUUCGAAAGUAAGAAUCACCCUAAUUUUCGCUAAUUUUCAGUAGAAGAUCACCGCUUCGCUUCUCGUGCCGGCUUCUUCCAUCGUCAUUUCAACGACCUCCUUUUGUUCACAAAUGAAGAGUCUUCCUUCAAUGAUUACCCCGAUUCCAUCGCAACGUCCCUUGAACCCGUCGUUUAUCCAUUCAACGUCGAAUGUGAUUUUGUGUAGGAAAUUCUGAAAUAACCUCCUUGUAAACAUUCUCAUUUCAGUCUCCAAAUGAUCGACGUGGAACAGGUCGAAAAGCAGAAAAAAAAACGAGAAAAAGUGGAAAAAGAAAAGACAAAACCGGCGGAGCUGGUGAAAGUGAACGAUAAGGCGAGCACUGUGCAGAAAGAAGAAGUUUCGAUCACGAACGAACUGGAUCACGUGCUCAAAACGCUCAAAAAAGAGCUGAAAGCACGCAAGGUCGACUCCAUCGGAUACUACGAAUUUGUGACAAAUCCAACGAGUUUUCCUCACACUGUCAGUUCGCGUUCUUUUGUUUUUUCACGUGCAAGAUUGAAAUUCAGAUCGAAAACAUGUUUUACAUCUCCUAUUUGAUGCGUGAUCGCCAAGUGUUUCUCGUUGAAAUCGACGGAGUUCCGACGCUCAGUAAGCGGGAUUUCAGACUAGGCUUUUGACAAUCUUAAACCUUUUUCAGAAAGACCGUCGCAGAAUCAUGAAGCAGAGAAAAAAGAGUUGGUGGAGCAGGGAUCGUGCCACGGAGUCACUUCUUUGAGCUACGAUCAAUGGAAGGUUGGAUACAGUAAUCCCUGGAUCGGAAUCUGAAGUUGUCUUUUUUCAGAGACUCGCCGCAGUCAUUUCAAAGCCGAUUAUCGAUCCACUGGACUCCUAG